AUGAAGGUUUUGUUAUUGGAGCACCUGGAGUGUCUGGUGUCGAGACACGAAAAGAGCUUGAGGAUGACGGUGGUGAAGAGACAGGCUCAGGCGCAGUCUGGUGUUUCUUCCGAGGUCGAGGUCCUCAAGGCCCUAAAAAGCCUCUUCGAACAUCACAAGGCCCUCGACGAAAAGGUGAAACGCUCGAUCUGUCUAGCCUAUACUCUGGGAAACAUACUCGGACCUGGUCCCGUACGAGAAAGGUUACGAGUGGCAUUAGACCGGGCCUCAACCUUAGAGGAAGAGCUAGAGAAGACUAAAGAAGAGUUGAACCAGAGCAAAAAUGGAAAGAUGGUCUCCAAUGCAAAGGAUGAGGAUUCCAUGGACACUGAUGCUGAUGGAACUUCCCAACCAAUGGCCAAUGGCUUAGCUGAGGCUGUGAAUGAAGCCAAGAAAGUUUCUGAACUCAAGAGCACAAUAGAGAGACAGAGCUCAGAACUGGUUGCUGCCCAAAGGAGGGUGUCUGAGCUUAACAUGAAGUUAGGGGAAAUGGAACAAAUGCUGCAAACUACACAAAGAGAGUUUCGUUCUGCUCAGGAUGCCAACAUCCGCUUCGAAAGAGAUCUUCAAGAACAUGCAGCACAAAAGCAAGACCAGGAGGAGAGAAUUGCAACACUAGAGAAGCGAUACCUGAAUGCUCAGAGGGAAUCUACUUCCUUGCAUGAUCUAAAUGAGAAGCUGGAAGAGGAGCUGAAGAACAGGGAUGCACAACUCAAAGUGAGAGGGGUCAAGAGUCAUCAGUUCAUCAUGCUAAUAGUUUCUCCCAUUCAGAUGCUCUCAGAGGACAGGAUCAAAGCCCUGCAAGAGAAACUGGAACUGGCUGAGCAGAAGAUCUCUCAAAUGUCUAAAUUUCCCAAGGUGGAGGAGGAGUUGAAACAGCACAUGGAAGCCCUUACUCAGGCACAGGAGAGACAUGGGUCAGCUGAGGAUCGCAUCCAGAGGUUAGAAUCCCAGUUGGAUGAGAAGAAUGGAGAGCUACUGCGACUUUCCCAACGCCUUCGUAUGAAUGAAGAACACAACACUCGACUCUCUGCCACUGUUGAUAAACUUCUCUCUGAAUCAAAUGAGAGACUCCAGGUGCAUCUGAAAGAGCGCAUGCACUCCCUUGAGGAGAAGAAUAAUUUGACUCAAGAACUGGAGAGGACCAGGAAGGUCAUGGAGGAAUCUCAUGCUGAGAAGGUGCUUCCAUUCUUUCCUAUUCUCUGUUCUUUGCAUUCCUUGAUCAUGGAGGAGUUGAGCAAGUGCCGAGAAGAAAUAGAUGCAUUGAAACGGCAGAUCAUCACUCAGGAACUGACAGCACGUACUGAGGCCCUCACAAGAAGUUUGUCACCAACAGUGACCCGACCAGGAAACUAUGAGUCAAGAUCCCUCCCAAGGCAAACAGUGACUCCAAAACCCUUCACAACUGGACUUGAUGCAAUGGAUUCUUCAAAGACCAUGAAUGAAACCCAUGAAUGGGAGAAGUUGCACAUGUUUGACACCACGGGAGGAGAAGGGACUGCAGUUGCAGAUCUUGUCAUUGGUGAGGAUGGUGGGGAAGAACUUCAUGAGGGAGAAGACAAUGAAAGCCUAUUCUCUGGCAUGGAUAUCCUUUCUCCUGCUGGACAUACAGAUGCACACACCCUUGCUCGAAUGCUUCAAGAACAACUGGAUGCCAUCAACAAUGAGAUCAGGUUGAUUCAAGAGGAGAAGGCCAAUACAGAGCAGAGAGCAGAAGAGAUUGAGAGUAGAAUGGGGAGUAUUGAGGCAAUGAAUCUCCUGUCCCGUGGUCGGAUGUUGGAUCGACCACCUUCUCCACCACUCUCAGGUCGAUCCACACCCAGAUCUCAUCCUUCCCCUCAUCGGGACUAUGUCCAUAAGUAUCACACUUCUGGAGUUGGGUUGGGAGGGGGAGGCUCAGAGGAGGGAAUGCAUUACCAAGGAAGCCCUCCCACGCCUCGAUCCACAAAAAUCCUUCCUGGUGCUUCCUCUAUCCUUGAUCAUUCACCUAGCCUUGCCCAUUCCACAGAGGAGUUACGCAGAACGGGGAGAGAGGACUGGUUCUCAAACUCAACACCACCUUCCCCUUUGUCCUCCAACAGCAGCCAGGAUUCCCUGCACAAGAAUGUGAUUCCAAGCAAGAAACCUCGUGGCCUCAAGUCUUCCCUUGGUCGUUUCUUCAGCAAAAAGGAGAAAGUGCAUCAGCAGCAGCAUGAAAGAGUAAGAGAACUGACAGGAGGAGGUGGAGGAAUGAUCUUGGGAGGAGGUGGAGGAAGUGGUGAUGUAGGCAUUUACAGUGAUGGAGAGAUCAGUGGCACCGACACCCUUGGCUUCAAGGGAGAUUUUGACCGGCGCAAAAAGAAAAAGAAUGAGUUGCUGGCUGAAGCAAUGAAGGCAGGAACUCCAUUUGCACUGUGGAAUGGUCCAACAAUUGUGGCAUGGUUGGAGUUAUGGGUUGGAAUGCCUGCAUGGUAUGUGGCUGCAUGUCGGGCCAAUGUCAAGUCUGGUGCCAUCAUGUCUGCUCUAUCAGACCAAGAGAUUCAGCGGGAGAUUGGCAUCAGCAAUCCACUGCAUCGGCUGAAGCUUCGCUUGGCUAUACAAGAAAUGGUAUCCUUGACAAGCCCAUCAGCUCCACGGACAGCUCGAACUACUCUUGCAUUCGGGGACAUGAAUCAUGAAUGGAUAGGGAACUACUGGCUCCCAAGCCUAGGGCUGCCGCAGUACCGAUCCACCUUCAUGGAAUGCCUGGUGGAUGCACGCAUGCUGGACCACUUGGUCAAGAAGGACCUCAGGGUUCACCUCAAGAUGGUUGACAGCUUCCACAGAACCAGUCUCCAUUAUGGAAUAUUGUGCCUGAAAAGAAUAAAUUACGACCGCAAGCAGUUGGAGGAUCGGAGACGGGAUGCUGAGAAUGAAUUGAAAGACCUCUUGGUAUGGUCCAAUGAUCGAGUCAUCAAAUGGGUGGUCAGCAUUGGCCUCAAGGUACUGAACAUCCUCAUUGUGGCAUAUAGUUUCAUGGAUCUUGAUAUACUUUGUCAGGAAUAUGCAAGUAACCUGUUGGAGUCAGGAGUCCAUGGGGCAUUGCUGGCAUUGGAUGACAGCUUUGACCACAAUGCGAUGGGCCUGUGUCUUCAGAUCCCCACUCAAAAUCAACAGGCUCGUCAUAUCAUGGAGCAAGAGUUCAAUCAUUUGUUGUCAGUGGCAUCUGACAGAGGACCCAGCAGAAAUGAAAUGCAUCCCAAUUCCUGAUGCCCAGAGUCUCUAGCAACAGCCUCCUUGCUUCCAAAGAAAAUGAGAUGAACUAAGAACUGUGAAAACAGAGUCCCUCAAUGGAACUGUGUAGCUUCUUCCUACGUGCUGUGAUGCAAACCUCACCACCACCACCACCAUAGGACCUCUGACCCUAGGACAUCUUGGAAUUUUUCUUUUUUACAUUUUCUCUCUCCUCCAUUUUCACCAGUAUUCAAAAAUGCUCUUACAGAUGAAGUGGUUCAAAGGCAGUUAUGAACACCAAACAAAUUUUUCUCUUCAAAGUGACUUGUUUUGAUUCUUCCCAAUUUGAUUCUUGUGGUUCUUUAUGAUGGGGAUUAUGUCAAACUAAUCUGUAGUUGCUAACCUGUGCAUUUCUGUUUAAGUAAGUUUCUUUAUGUAAGAUGGUAGUUGGAAGAAGGAAAAUCAGGUAGUGCACAUCAGUGGCACUUAUAGACUGUUCAAAUUUUUUUUUGCAGAGAUGCAGGUGUUCUGAUAAGUGAAAAUUCCUGGUACCGAACUUUUGACAAUUUUCUCAUUUUCAUUCAUUCUCCUAAGUUCCUGUCUUGUGUGAGAAGAAAAUGAGAAGGAAAUCAGAGUGCAAAAAAAAAAAAAAAAAUUUAUUUCUGUUUUCCCCCCCUCUUGUCAUCCUGCAAAGAGUCUGACCAAUGGAAACAUGACAGAAUUUACAGUCCUGAUAACGUCAUUAAUUCAUUUCAUUAAUUAUAUUUUUUGCUGUGAUGCUUGGAAAUUUAAAAUCUCUCCCAUGGCCUAAGGGUGUGAUGAAGCAACCUUGGUACUAUGCAAAUGAGUAGCUGCAUCUGAACUCUCUCUGUCUUUGAGUAGAUUUCACUUGGGGUCACAGAAAAUUCCUUGCUCACUUAUAUUCUUUGUUCCUUUGUCAAACUGUGAUGCUUGGAAUAUUCCUGAGACUAUUGACCACCUCUUCUCUGAAGGUUGCAAGUUUUACUAUCAAUGUAUGCAGUUAUGCCUCUCAUUUCUGCCCUGCCAUCACAGGUUUUUCUCUUUGACAGUUUUACACAUCCCCAACUUCGGCGGAAAAUUCAGUUCAUAAAACGGGUAUAAAAAUGGGCCUAGACCUAAAAAUUCUUCAGAAGAUGCAGGAAGCUGUUACAUUUUCAUUGGCUCUCAUGUGACUGGAUGUUUCUUGAGAGAUUUGAUAAAUCCCUUCAUUUUGUGAGAAUCUCUUCCCAAUGUAUUGGCUCCAUAACUGAGUAGGUUUGAGUUAUCAAAUCACACAUCUCAUGUUCAUCAUGCAUAAACCAUAAGAUGUGGACUCAAUGAUGAAAAACUGAACUUUUUUAGAACGUGAAUUCCUGUGUUGCAUGUGGUGCAGUAACACUUUAAGAUACAUUGCUUCAGUUUAUUAGAAGGUAUCUUCAUGUGAAAGUAUACAUAAUCUCUUUGUUUUCCCAUAAGGAAAAUGGUUUUUAGUGAAGAGAGCUCAGUUACAUGCAAGGUUGCUUCAGUACAUGACACAGUGGUUCAGAAUUCAUCAAAACCUGGCCAAAGUCAUAAAAAGAAGUUUUAAUAAUAGUGAAAAAAUAUUAUUUUAAUUCAGAGGUGUCUAUGUAUCACUAAAACAACAAAAUUUCUGAGUUUCUCCCUCCCCAAUUGACGGAGUAAUUACCUAAAGUGUUGGAAACUUCACAACAGGCAUAGAUGUAGUUUUGUAGUAGUCAGUUUCCUGGUAAUGGCUGUUUUGAAAUAAAAUAACCACUUCAUAAAUUGGGUAGUUGUGAAACUCAUUUUUUUAAACUACCAUUUUUUUGCAGACCUGGAAACUUGUUUACCAGAAAUUUGUGUGCCAAUAGAUGCCAAGGAUUUGUUUUACUAAAAUUAGUCUCACAUAUGUAUGUCAUCCAGUCAUGAUAAUUCUAGCAGCCCAUUUUUGCCCAGGUGGUUAGAAUGGCUAAUAUCAUAUUGCCAUCUGCAACGUGGUUUUGUAUGAGGAAAUUUCCUCAAUCUAAACCAAUUUAUGGAUAAAUCUGAUUUUUCACAAGGCUAACAACUAAUAGAAAAGAAGUCACUUAUCAUCACCUUCUGUCAGAGCAAA